AUGAUUCUGUGCUACUCUCCAUCGUUAUUUCAUAUCGAAAGUAGCGUUGAAUAUAUCACUUAUACCUUGCUUGGCUUAAAUCAUCAUCCACACAAGAUCAAUCAUAUCAAUAAUCAGUCGACUAAACUAAAUGUAUCCAUGUCCCAAAAUCUUGAGAUCUAUAUCAAGUCAGAAUUGAAUGUUGCUUCAAAUCAAUCGCGACUUAUUUCACUGCGUCGUUUAACGAUACCUAUCUACCCGAAUCCACAAUCACUUAAAAAACCAUUUUCAUUGAUAUUGAAUAACACUCUUUUUGAUACUUGCACGACUCCGGAAGAGCAUGAAAUGCAUGAGUUUAUUCCAUAUACCGGUAGCGAAGACGAUGUAAACACGGUGCAGUUGUCUGAAAUGUAUAUGCCAGAUCAUACAAUUAUCAAUCAAAAACCAUUAUCUGCAACGACAUCAUUUCCACAUCGACAUAAUCUUUCCAUGCAUCGAACGUUGACACAUUUGAAAAAUAAGAUCAAACCUCAUCGAGCAGUGAAAAAAACUGAUGACUAUGAGAAAAAUCAUGGUUUUCUUGUAGUUGAAGACAUUGAUUCGGAUCUAGUCUUACUUUCUGACGAUAGUUUUGAUCAACAAGCAACGCAACAUGCUCAACCGUGUGUGCAAGUUAAUGAUCUCAAAUUUGAUUCUAAUCAAAUCCAAUGUGAUGCGGCGUUCGCAGGUCUAUGUAAUCUAUCAUCAUUCGCUGUGUCACAAUCAAUGCUAGGUGCAGCAAGAAUACUGGACGAUGAUACUGAUGGGUUCGACUGGCAAGCAACGCGGGCUUCCGAUGAGUGUACUGCACCCGAAGCUGAUCUAUUAAACUUGUCCAAUGUACAGUUAUCUGAAGCGAUAGUAACUUCACCAUCUUCGACCAAUUCGUCACACCAUCAAUAUUCCGAUGUUGAUCGUUCGUUACUCAGCGAUACUGAAUAUGUUGAAGCGCAACGAUUGGAUUUAGAACGACUCACAAUGCUUGAAGUUCGAUUAGUUCAAACACGACGAGACUUAGAGACAGAUUUAGAGACUGAUUUAGAAUUUAACGACUUAUUCAACCAAGCAUUCCAAACUAAUUUAAAUCUUAAAAAGGAACUUCAAGAAUUGAAACAGGAUUACGAUCAUAUCUAUUCAACAUGGUCUUGUAAACAGUGCUCGUGUGAUAAUGAACCGUAUCACAUAACCCAAUUGGAUAUAAUCAUGUCAUCUGCGACGAACGAUACGACAAAUCAAAACAGUGACAAAUUACCAGUACAAGAAUCAAUCGAUUCUCCUCAUAUAGAAAAUCGAACAUUUUGGAAUGAUCCGGCAGGCAAUCGGAUUAGUUUCGAAGAUGCGCCGCAACUCGAGUACGACGAACACGACAUCAAUCUAAUUGCUGAUCGAGAAGUUGAUGAUUAUGGAAUAGAGUACGAUCCAUCUUCCAUUACCGUUGAUGAGUCAUCAAGAAGUCACAGGGCGUUGAAAGGACAUAUCACAUCUGAUGGAAUUAUCGAUGACGAUUUUGAGAAGGAGUUAGGAUACCAAGCAGAAGUCGUUCACGACACUGAAGAUCCAGAUUAUAGUUUAAUCAAGAAAAUUGCUGAAUAUGGUAUCGUUGAAUUGUGUGGUGAAGAUAGAUUUGGUCGAAAAACGAUUAUCUGUUCGGCGUGUCGUUUACCACAUGAAAAUGUUAUUCGAAACAGUGAAUUUCAAACAGUAGACAAAUUCUAUGAUUGUUUACUGAAAUACAUACUGAAGACAUUUGAUCAAUAUGCGGAUAUGGACUACGUGAUUAUCUACUUUCAUUAUGGCCUACAUUCACAUAAUCGCCCGUCGUAUACUUGGUUAUUGAAAGCUUAUAUGAAUAUAGAUCGAAAAUACAAGAAGAAUCUGAAAGCAUUGUAUGUUGUUCAUCCCACGACUUGGAUUAAAUUUCUUUGGCCAUUUCUUCGUUCGAUCAUCAGUGUAAAAUUUUCCAGUAAAUUGAUUUAUAUUAAACGAAUUGGUCAAUUAACGGAAUAUGUACAUUUGGAGAAUAUUAAAAUUCCAAGUGAAGUCAAGUCUAUUGAUCCACUCGUUCCAAUACCAAUUCCACCACAAGAGACGAAACCAACGACGAAAUUCAACGUUUCACUUCAAUUCAUUCUCGGCCACGAACAAGGUGAAACCAUUCCACUUGUUGUCCGACAAACAGUUGAUUUUGUCAAAAAUUAUGGACUCAAUGAACCUGGAGUAUUCCGUCGCGCGGCUCCUGUAACCUUAAUUAAACAAAUUCAAGAACGAUACAAUGAGGGACAACCGGUCGCGUUUCAACAGUACGGUGAUGUUCAUCUGGCAGCAUGUGUCUUGAAAACAUUCCUACGCAACUUAACAGAACCUCUGCUUACCUACAAGUUGUAUCCUGAACUUAUUGGUCUUUCAGGUACAUUGAAAAGACAACACCAAAUCGCUGUUAUUCAAGAUUUGAUUAUUCAAAAACUACCACAACAAAACUAUAAUGUUCUAAAAUAUUUGAUCGAGUUUCUCAAUUUAGUUUCGAUCUACUCGGAUACGAAUCUGAUGACUACAACGAACCUUUCGAUUGUUUUUGGACCGAAUCUCGCAUGGUCUGAUGAUAUGCAAAUGAAUACAUUGGCAAAUAUCUCAUCAAUUAAUGCCGUUACCGAAACAUUAAUUGCUCAUUACACUGAACUUUUCCUCAAAUAA